UUCCCCGAUUCCCGCGAUGCUUCGCGGCUCCGUCUUGCUCUUCCGGUCGCGGUACCCGCUCUUCCGGUCGCGAGCACCCCGGGGUGUAGAGGGCGGUCGCGGCGGUCGCCUGGGCAGCGGUGGCAGAAUGUUGGCUUCCAGGGCGCUGAGCCUGAUUGGCAAGAGAGCCAUUUCUACGUCGGUGUGCCUUCGAGCACAUGGGAGUGUGGUGAAGAGUGAAGACUAUGCUUUCCCUGCUUACGCUGAUCGGCGUGACUACCCCUUGCCUGAUGUGGCCCAUGUCACGACGCUGUCUGCCAGCCAGAAGGCUCUGAAGGAGAAGGAGAAGGCCGACUGGAGCAGCCUUUCCAGGGAUGAGAAAGUCCAAUUGUACCGCAUCCAGUUUAACGAGAGCUUCGCUGAGAUGAACAGGGGCACCAAUGAGUGGAAGACAGUUGUGGGCUUGGCCAUGUUUUUCAUCGGCUUCACUGCGCUUGUUCUGAUUUGGGAGAAGAGCUAUGUGUAUGGCCCCAUCCCUCAUACCUUCGAUCAUGACUGGGUGGCCAUGCAGACUAAGCGGAUGCUGGACAUGAAGGCCAACCCCAUUCAGGGCUUCUCCGCCAAGUGGGACUACGACAAGAAUGAGUGGAAGAAGUGAGAGUCUGCUGCCUGCCGGCUCCCUGCCUCCCUCCAUCCCUCGGCAUGCUGGAAGCAGCCGUGUCCAAUGGUCCAUGCUAAUAAAUGACCAGUUUACGUGG